GGUCUAAACAUCGUGGCCGAAGGCCAGAGCCCUGUCGUUGACAUAGUUGCCGUGCACGGUCUAAACGGACAUCGAGACAAGACGUGGACGGCUACAAAUGGGGUGCAGUGGCUCCGUGACCUUCUUCCCAACGACAUCCCGAAUGCACGUGUCUUUUGCUGGGGAUACAAUGCAAAUACUCAUAGCAAGCACCUCAGCUGCCAAUACCUGUAUGAUCAUGCCAAGACACUAGUAUCGGAACUGUGCUUGCAAAGAGCACUCACAGGAGCACUUAUCCACUCGGAUGCCGCCCGAGAGGGCGCGUUGAAGGAGCACCGCUCGAUUAAAACAUCUACGUAUGGUAUCUUCUUCAUGGGCACGCCGCACCAGGGCGGAAACGGAGUGGAGCUUGGCAAGUUACUGUUGAACGUGGCAUCAGUAUUUGUGACAGCGGAUGAUCGCCUCAUCAAGCAUCUGGGUGAACAAUCGGAAUGGCUUCAGCAGCAGCUCGGUCAAUAUGGACCCAUCAGCCGCGACUUUGUAACAAAGUUUGCGUUUGAAGAGUACGAGACCCCAACCAUAAGGGGACAUUCUCUCUUAUUAUGUUUCUGUUUCUCAACAAGGUAUAGUCGCUUACUGUAUAGGUCGUUCCCAAAGCAUCAGCAGUUGUCCCCGGCGCAGCCGACGCUGAGCCGAUUGCCAUCCAUGCCGAUCAUAGAAACAUGGUCAGAUUCGAAUCGAAGGAGAACGGCGCUUACAAGACUAUCUCUGGGCACUUAA